AUGCCCGAGGUGUACUCCCCUGCAAACGAUAGAAAAUUCGUAAUUGUACUUAUUCUGACGAUUGCUGCGAUAAUCCUGUUUGCAAUUCAACUUGAAAGUUUACCCAAGUUAGACCUGAAACAGAAGAUAGAGGAUGGAUUCGAGGGAUUCAAGUUUGAGAUUUUUGCUACGGCUGCCAACGCUACUGAGCCAAUAGAAAAUUCACCAUAA